GUCCAUCCGUGAGGCGCUGGCAGCACUUCCCCGUUUCUGGGCCAGGGAGGCACCUAGGUGCCGCCUUACAUACUCCUUAGGAGCCCAGCAGACCUAUCAACGUGGGGCGGCGGCGACGGCGACGGCGACGGCCGGGGCUGAGAGCGUUAGCGACCGGAGACCCAGCCAUGACUGAGUCUGUGGAGCGGCUGCAGCAGCGGAUUGAGGAGCUGGAGCAAGAACUGGCCCAAGAAAGAAGUCGGCGGGUCUUGGGGGGCAGCGACGGCGGAGGCGGCCGGACGCGCAUCGAGAAGAUGAGCCCUGAAGUGGUGGACUCCAACCCCUACAGCCGCCUGAUGGCAUUGAAACGAAUGGGGAUUGUAAACGACUAUGAGAAAAUCCGUACCUUUGCUGUAGCAGUAGUAGGUGUUGGUGGAGUUGGUAGUGUGACUGCUGAAAUGCUGACAAGAUGUGGUAUUGGUAAGUUGCUACUCUUUGACUAUGACAAGGUGGAACUAGCCAAUAUGAAUCGACUUUUCUUCCAACCUCAUCAAGCAGGAUUAAGUAAAGUUCAAGCAGCAGAACAUACUUUGAGGAACAUUAAUCCUGAUGUUCUUUUUGAAGUACACAACUAUAAUAUAACCACAGUAGAAAACUUUCAACAUUUCAUGGAUAGAAUAAGUAAUGGUGGGUUAGAAGAGGGAAAACCUGUUGACCUAGUUCUUAGCUGUGUGGACAAUUUUGAAGCUCGAAUGGCAAUAAAUACAGCUUGUAAUGAACUUGGACAAACUUGGAUGGAGUCUGGGGUCAGUGAAAAUGCAGUUUCGGGGCACAUACAACUCAUAAUUCCUGGAGAAUCUGCUUGUUUUGCGUGUGCCCCACCACUUGUAGUUGCUGCAAAUAUUGAUGAAAAGACUCUGAAACGAGAAGGUGUGUGUGCAGCCAGUCUUCCCACCACUAUGGGAGUGGUUGCUGGGAUCUUGGUACAAAAUGUGUUAAAGUUUCUGUUAAAUUUUGGUACUGUUAGUUUUUACCUUGGAUACAAUGCAAUGCAGGAUUUUUUUCCUACUAUGUCCAUGAAGCCAAAUCCUCAGUGUGAUGACAGAAAUUGCAGGAAACAGCAGGAAGAAUAUAAGAAAAAAGUAGCAGCACUGCCCAAACAAGAGGUUGUUCAAGAAGAGGAAGAGAUAAUCCAUGAAGACAAUGAAUGGGGUAUUGAGUUGGUGUCCGAGGUUUCAGAAGAGGAACUGAGAAGUUCUUCAGGUCCAGUUCCCAACUUACCUGAAGGAAUUACAGUGGCUUACACAAUUCCCAAAAAGCAAGAAGAUUCAGUACCUGAGGUAACACUGGAAGAUUCUGGUGAAACCUUGGAAGAUCUCAUGGCCAAGAUGAAGAAUAUGUAGAUAAUGGACUGGACUACAUUUUAUUUCCUGUCUUUAAGCCUAUUCCUUUGCAAUUAAAAAAAAGGUCAUUUUAAAAACUGACAGAAUUUAGGGCAACAACAAUUGAUGUGUUAUCUUCACUAAAUUGUUACAGGUUUUGAAAAUACUUUAACUGUAGCAUGUUGUUACCACAUCCUCAACUAAGUCAGUAACUCUUCAUUCUAGUAAGAAAAUUUCAAAGGAUUAUUUUAGGCCGUUAUUAAAAUCUUAUUGAAAACGUAGCCAUUGAAGUGUUUUGGCCUUUGUGAGGAAUGGAAGAAAGGACCAAUUUGAUGUUAUGCAUAUUCCUUUUAUUUCCGGUAAUCCUUUGUGUUUUGUGGCCGUGGGCAGUACAACAGUACCUGGUCCUGAAAUAUAGAGAGAAGAACAAGAAGUACAACCUGUGGAUUUGAGCUGGCAGGCAUGUACUCAUUGUUUUGGAAUUGCUCUCUACAAGGAAGCUGCUCACUACUACUAACUUGAUUGACCAUGAAUUUAAGAUGGUUAACCUAUGAAAUGAAAACAUUCCCUCCAAUGUUUCCUGAUUACAAACUGAAAUGAAGUCAUUGGGAAAGUUUGUAAACUUGUGCAUUAUAUAUUCAGUCAGUCAGGCAACCUAAAUGAAGUUUUUUCAUGGAUAGCAGAUAAAGGUACUUUGAGGAAGUACAAGUUAUUUUUCUCCACGGACCAAGGAAAAGAAAUCAUGGCACCUGUGGGACAUAUAUCUGGAAUUAAUGUACUUUACUGAGGAGCAAGGGAUACAUUUAGACUAAAAUCGUCUAGAUUAGAACCUUCAUAUGGGUUACCUUCUGAAUACUUUAUCUCAUUUAAAUUUGCUUCCCUAGUAUUGACAAGGGUUUGUCCUGGAUAAUGGGCAUUAAAGAGGCCCAACGUGCCUCUGCAGUGACUGACACAUACUUAGUCACUGGAAGGGUAUCAUUGUCUCUGAUCAUGACCUAUCCAAUCAUAAAUUGAUAAUACUGGUUUUCUCUGAAGUUGCAUACUAAUAAUGAAAGCUUAGAGAGCCUUGGCUGUAACAAAUUCCCAUUGGUUUGGAGACCAAUAAAAGAUCAUGCAUGUGUAACGAUUAUCCAGGUGAGUGCCCGUAUCACUGGUUUUCCCAGUGUCAGAGGGAGAUCUGUAACCAAAGAGAAGAUCUGGAGGCUGGUAUUAUGCUUAUCUACUAUUUUGAUGAUUUUUUUCCUUUGAAGAUACCUCUAAAUUGUAUCGCUCAAGGGAAAAUGUUAGUAAAAAAUUAAAAAGUGCAUUCUCCAUUUGUAAAAUAAAGUUCCAAAAACUUAUUUUAGAAAGACCCAAGUAUCGGAUGUGUUCAAUAUACUAGUUUUGAGAUUCUAGGACCAUAUUGUGAUUCUUACGUUUAGAGUAAAGUCAGGGAAGUAGAGGGAUAGUUUUUCUGGCUUUGAAACUUACGUUGCCUUGUUAGGUCAUUAGACAUUUUAAAAAUUUAUUCAUCUAUAAAAUAACUUUUCUAGUUACUAGAGAUGUUUUGAAUUUCAAAAAAGAAAAUUCAGUUGUCCCAACUCCCAUUUCUUCAUAACCUGUGGUGCACUAAUUUGGUAAGGCUUCACUUACAAUUUAAAAUUUUCAUAGUUUGAUAAAGUAUAAUAGCUAGAACUUGCCAUCUUUUAAAGACCUUUUUUCCCCUGCUCUUGGCACUGCA